AAUGUCGCGGCAAGUUUAGGUUGGAGGUCAAGGUCGCCGUUGUUCAUGAUUCUCGUGUAAGCCAGUAGAUGGAUUGUUUACCUGAAUGUAAAAAACAUUUUCUUGUAGUUAGACUCGAGUUUUCUAUAACAAUUGUGUUUAGCUAUUUCAGAUAGUUUACACUAGUUCAUUGGGUUUGAACCCAAUGAAUAAUGUGGUGAUUGCACCUAAUGUAGAUUGUGACAUUGCCACCAUAAAAUAUGUACUCUUUCAAAGAACCAAGUAUGGUGAUAAGCCUUUGUGAUACGCAUACUAAGUAAUUGUGAGAAUAUUAGCACUAGCAAGUAUGUUAGGCUAUUUGCAAAUCGAUUUGUAAAUCGAUCUUCCUGAACUUGGGAAGAAAUUUAACAUUACUUCAGGUGUUUUAAAGUGUACUUUUGUAGGCUUGUGACUUCCGUGAUCGUUGUAUAAUUGCUACCCCUUGACUGAUCGCCAACAACUAGAGUUACGGGGAACUGAGUAGCUGCGGCGACACUAUAAUUUGUGGACGAACUAAUCACGUAUAAGAUAACAUGUCUCGGAUAUUGGCAGAAAUUCAUUCAUCCAUUAGGGUAAAUAUAGUUUUGGCAUUAUACCUCAUGCUAGUUCGUGAUAAGAACCCGAAAUCUAAUUCCUAACCUUGAUCAUCAACUGUAAAUUAUAAUUGCGAUUCCGGUAAAACUAUAUUUUAUGGGCGACCUUUGAACGAAUUUUUAAGUGACCUUGAAACUAUUAGUCAAUCAGAAGAGAGUUAGUAUAAAGUGAAAACACAUGAUAAAAAACUUAUGAAUUACAGCGGAUAUUCUUCUUGUUAAGGUUAGAUAAAGGUUCAGAUGUCCUGAAAUCAUAAUGCAUAGGGUUAGGGUUAAGGUUAGAUUUAGGGUUAAGGUUUAGGGUUAGGGUGCACAAGCCCAAGUCUAUGGAGGCAUCUAUACGGUUUCCAAUCAUCGGUGUAUAUCGUACUGCCAGGCUGCACGUACUGUAACAUCUGCAAAAGCCGCAGCCAAUGUUACUGGUGACUUCAUAAUCCAAUUUGCAACAAUUAUCAUGAUUUGCCUUAGUCUGAGUCGUGAUCGAGCGAAGAAAGUGCCAGUUCGAGCAGAUUUUAUCUUCUAACAUAUAGUACAACGAAAUCUAAUGUCAUCACGGCAGUCUGCACAUCGUGCUGCAGUCAUUUGAUUGCCGCACUCACAGAUACAGGAACUUCCUAAUAGUCCCAUCUGUUGUAGUCGCUCAAAAAUCACCUCUUCUCUAAAAUCUGCCGUAAAACGACCGAAUAUGAGCAUCUCGUAUUGAACUUAGCGCCGUGACGUUGAAAUUCCUCAAACGCUUCUGAUUGGCUCGUCCAUAAAUUAGAGUCUUACCGCGAUUCCUCAUACAGGUUCAUAACCCUCAUUUUGCCCUAGUUGUUAAGUGGACACCCUCAAGGUCAGUUUAGCGGCGCUCAAGGGUCAUCCACGAAUUGUAGUCUCACCGCUGCCUUACUUAUACACACUUACUCUGAUGCUACACAAUGUAAGGAUUCUCUACCCUACCUGACCAGGCUGUCUUAGUUUCUAAGUGCAGUGUAAGAAUCCAAAGAACUCCCAGAAGAGCUGACUUAUUUAAAAAUUGGGAAAAAAGAAUACAAACAGCACUAAUGAGUUUUCAUACUUGCUGAUCCCCAAAUUGUAUUUACACAUUGUCCAUGUUGGUCAUUGUGUUCCUUAAGGUGAUGAGCAUCUCAAUGUUUGAUGAUCUAUCCUAAGUACUGGGAAUGUUUUGAACAUUACUGGAUAGCCUCAACGGUAUAUUCUGACCUUACUACAAAUCACUAGAAUCAGCAACGAAGUGGGAGAACUAUCGAGCACUGUCCUUCCUAAAGUGAGUAUUAGACCAAGAGAAUGUUUUUUUACUACUUAUUGAUUGUGCUUUACGGUCUUAGAUUAAAGUAACAACGUGGGCGUAGUAAUUUAGCUCAAUAGUACUUAGUCGCGUUAAGUUAGUCUUCUGUAUGCUUCAAAACAUUUAACAAAGAAGUAGAAGGAUCGGAACGUAUCCGUUUUUAUCUUUGAUGGUUAGUUGUAAAAUCUAGGUCGGUACAUUAUUUUUUAAUAGUACUGAGGUGAAUUUCGGUGACAAAAUUCCUUACUUCAUAAUGAACCUGUAGAGCUACUGUCAGUGUCUUAAUUCUGGAUGAACUAGGGUAUGUGAAGAAACACUUAAACACCUCUUACACGUGCCUGGAAUCCAGGCAGAUACCCAAAAGAUUAUGAAGACUUAUAACUUGAGCUUAUCGAGAUAAAAUGAGAUCAUAAGUAAUGUUAGCUAGCCAGUUCUAAACAAACGUAUUUUUGAAAUUGCAUUACUCAGGUGACGUCUUGUCACUAACUAGAACAUUUAUCGACUUCAAAAAGUACAUCAAGUUGCACAAUUAGACUUUAUUCCCCACAGAAAAGUUUUUACCAAGCACUUUAUCGAUUCUUCCGUUAUGAAACAAAAAUGACCAUUCUAUUUUUUAUAUACCCACGAGUUUCUGGUCGAACCCAAAUGAAUCACUUGUCAACGACACUGAUAAGAGUUCUAGCUGGACAGUGCUUUCAAGGGUUCUUAUUUUUUCUCGUAUCCAUAGUUGUCGAUAAUUUUCAUACAAGCGCAUUAGGAGCAUCAGAAAUCAACUUAAAUGUUGGAUUGAUAAACUGCGAAUCGUUACAAUUCAACAAAUGUUCAAUAGCUCAAAUUUAACUCACCUAAUCAUUUUUAAAGAAAGCGCUCCUCUAGUGGCUUCCAAGAGUAGUUUUUUGGCCGAUUGAUCUGACUCCGGUUUGAUCUUAUGGUGACGUUAACGAUGUAUACAUGCUGUCAAUUGUCGACUUGAUUCGCGCUAGAGAAUAACGGAAUAAAAUUAAAGAGGGUCGGUUCUGAAAUGUCAAGUUACAAGCCAUUAUCUUCCCUCUAUAUACCCUGAAAGGUGAUGCCAUCCUCAAACUACGGUCGUUCAUGUGAUUGAAUUUUCUUGGAUCUAAAAACAUGGCAUCAAGAAACAUUACUUGUGAAUCGCAAAUAUGUUAACUACUGCAAAUCAACAAAUUGAUGCCAUAAGAGGUGUUUCCCAUAAGUGCCGUUUUAACAACACAGGGGUAAUCGUAUCAACAGUAGAGGUCUGUCCCCGCUUCUCAGUUUUUCACUAUCUUAAGCCUUAUGCUAACUGCAGAAAUAGCCUGUAUUGAAGUAAAAUGUAGCCAGCUAAUCUGAGGGCUUGUUUUGUGGCUAGAGAUUUUGUCCCACUUUCCAUAGCUUCAUGUCGCUUCAUUUAAAGCAUGGAAACAACAUUCUCUAACAGUUUUUUGAGCUCAGUAAAAGCAUCAACCUCAGGAAGAUCAUGUGAAUGCUGGUUUCAUAAGUUUUUUUUAUAAACCCGGAGAAACUAAAACAGUUCAGUAUCAAAAUAACCGGAAUAAAACUGCAAGAACUUUUCACAAGUCAUUUCUACUAAUCGGUUAGUUUUCUGCUUUUUUUCCGAACAUUUUCUUGCAAGCUGAAAUUAUUUCAGCUAAAAUUCGUAGCCUUUAAAUAUAUUUUCACUAUCAGGAAAGUUAAUACGUUAAUCAUCAGGUCUGCUCUAUUGGGGUCAGACUUCUAUGUCUUCGGAAAUAUUUACUCUUUCUACUUCUCUUAUAGAUACAGUUCUUGAAACCAGUUUAGCGUCUUCCGGAUUGGUGUGAAAAAACAGUUGCGAUGCAUCUUGUUUCUUUCGCUGGUAAGUGUCGUAGGUUUUUCAAAUAUUUGACUUAACAGUCCGAUUCCUAAGAGAAGCUACGACUGAAGUUUAUCAAUGUUUUUAAAAUGUUCAGUGACAAUAUUCGAUAACGAGAACCAAGGAUACUAACAUGGUACUGGUAAAAGAUCUUGAUAUAUAUCAAGGAGACCAGCUCGAGAGAUUUGGUCAUAGGGAGAUUGACACCAGUAAUGAUGUAGUCUAUAUGAAGCAAGUAAUGCUAUAAUUUAGGGGACACUUACAGCUACCAUCGAAAUUAAAUCAUAUGGCUUGUUUGUAACCGUGAUUCAGUUAAUAUGUAGUAUCUAUAACACAGAAUCGUAUGUGAGAAAGAUCUGUUUACUACCGAUGAAGCUAUAAUUAAUUUCAUCAUGACGAAGUAUGAGGAAAAUCUGUCUAUGAAAUCAACUAAUGACCCCAACAGUGUUUUCAUCGAGCACACGUUAUUCCUAGUAAGUUUGAUUUCCAAAUGUCGAAAAGUUGGGUCGAACUCUAAACUCAUUGUCUCUUUCAGUGAACUUUAAUAUAUCAACUCAUCAGAGAUCAGAACUCAGCACAUUUUAGAAUGGAGUUUCUUGCAGACUAAUAUUUCUUUUUGGGAGUUGUCUUCACGCGGUUCAACCAAUUUAUUUCGUACAUUUAGUUUAAUAAUGUAUGCGUUUUCAACGUGUUGCAGUCAGGAAUUAUCACUAUUAAAUGCCUAGAAUUUUUUCAUAAUCACUAAGUUUCUUCAUCUUCACUUCUCGUGUAAUCAUUACUUCCCUCGUUUAUUGAAAGAAUCACCUCCAUUUUACCAAUUCUUCAAGAUAAUUAUUGCUGACUACUUUAGACUAUACGUCAACAUCCGUGGUGCAUCAAUGUUUUGGUUGGGGUGUUGUUUACGAAAUUGAGAGGAUGAAAAGCGGACAGUAACCCAUCAUAUACAAAUUUAAUGAUUUACGUGGCGUAUUUAUAUUCUGGCUCCCUUUGUACCAGUGUUUAUGUGCUUAAAUAAAUAGAAUAAGUCUUAGUUUUUGUGCGAUAAGAAGACAUCUUUUAACACAUAAUGAGUUCGGACGUCGUGUAUAUACAUGAGCUUAUCAUUACCAGUGACCUCAAGCAGUAAAGAUUGCUUUUAUACGGUUUUCAGAAGAGGACCUAUUAGCAUUAUAGACAAUAAGACGAGAUAUUCGACUGUUGUACGUAGACUAGUUGGUAUUUUCGUUGUGUUUUGGGAUUACCCAAAUUUAAUUUGGCGUAAGCUUUAAUAUAGUGAAUAAUCUCCAUAACUACGUGGUGAAGAAGUAAAAUGAAUGCAUAUUUAUUUAUGCAUAAAGUUAACAUUGCACUAAACAUGUCUGUUUUCCACGGAAGAGUUGUGUAGAAUACGACUUAUUUUCCCCAUUUCAAGCAGUAUUCAUAUUUAUUAAAAAAACGUUCGAUCUGUCUGUAAUCAUGAAGGUUUCUCUUUUUCAGAUUUAUGUAGGCUAACUUGAGCAUCAAGUCACUAGCUGUUACUCAAAUAUUAACUAUUAGAAAGGACGAAAUUUCAUUUGUUUCUUGAGAUUACCAAUAGUAGUAUGAAAUAUGUAGUUUUGUUUUCUAUGAGGAGGAUCUCGAAAAACAAUUAUUUUUCGCGAGAACCCAAAUAAAAUAAGAAAAUAAUUAAAUUUAGGUAUGGUGAUCAUGUAAUAUUGAAAAGAUUUUGUUGCCGCAGGAUGACAAUCCUUCCGCUAUGACGUUAUCAAUGGCUGGUAACCUUUAUAUGUAAUCACAGGUUUCAUUAGUUUGCCAUUUAGGAUGUUGCUAUUGUUAUGAGUAUUUUCUGUUAUUAGAUUGGACGAAAUUUCGAAUGUCGAAAUCAAUGGAUAGAGUGCUAAUCGAUAGGUGGACUCACUGAUAUAAUGUGACCGAGUGAUGGCUACUCACGAGACCGUAUGGUUGAGUUAGGCCCCUGAACAAUUACUAACCAGAUAAACAGUUUUUCACUCAAUAAAUAAUAUGCUUAUAUAAAAAGUACGGGCACAAAAUAAACGUGGUUGAAUAUCAUAGGUGACCGGAAAAAAGUGAACUUGUAUGUCACUUUUUUCCAAUCAAUUAAGACAUGACAACUAGGUGUCGUAUCACCUCCUACACGAAAUAAUGUAGGAUCUUUCUGAGGCAAUACUGACGAGUCGGUACUUUUCCUUCUCUUCCUUUAGUUUUAUAGUGAAUUAUGUUCUCGUUUCUCUUUGAUUCCAAACUCAUCAUUGACAAGAAAUUCAAGGUACUUCAUUUCGCAACCGUCUCCUCUUUAAACAGAGCACUUGUAGCACGAUAUGAUUCGCAAAGAUCCGAGUAAGUAAGUUAUAACAGGAAAAUCCAGUGGUUCUCAUGAUAUUGGUGCAUGGCUUGUGGCGACUGAUCUAGCGUAUGCGCCGUCGACUCAUAUGAAUAUCACGUAACCGAAAUUGGGGGUUCUGAGCUUGGAUUCGAAAGUUUUGACUGUAAUUCUACAGUUGAAUAUGCAUUGAUAGUGACUUUAUGACUAUUCAUUGACGUACAAUUUAUUUAUUUUUUGAACGCAAACAUUUGUACAAAGGGGAGCCCAAAUAUAAAUACUCCAUAUAAAUCAUUGAAUUUGUAUGUGUGCUGGGUUACUGUGCGGGUAUCCGAACAGGGACACGUGGUUUUCUUAGGGAUUACUCCCUGAGUCUUUGAUCUAGGGGUCUAAUCCAAAAGGCAUUGAAGAGACGUCAGAAGUUGGAGUCCCAUGGUAGUCGGUGACCAACAAUUGGUUCAUACGCCAUUUGUUCCCUCAGGAUCCUGGUGCUUAUGUGACUAUUGGUUUGGAGCCAGAAUUUAUCAACUCUCAUAGGUAAGUCCUCCGAGCUCACUAACUCAGUUUAAGAGUCAAAUCGCUUUUCAUCCUCUCAAUUUUGUAAACUUCACCCCCACGCGAGAAGGCAGUGAGUAGGGCCUUCUUGGCAAUGGUUAUAUAAGUAGAAUUCAGUUAGUGUUAAGCAUAACACUAAAUUAUUUUAAAAUAGAAAUCAAUUGAAUUAUGUUGUUUAAUUUUGAUCAAACUAUUCUGUAGUUUUAGAUGCAUCAUUGAAAUCUACUUAGAUUACUAGGAGUUCCUUAUUACCCUAAAUCUAGCAAACUUCCGGGAGAUUUUGAAGCAUGAGUUCACGUAUUCGUGAUCAUAUGAGAUUAUUCUUGUUAACUGUACUCAAUGAAGACCCCCGACUGUUGUCUUUAUGCACGCUAAAUGAAUUGACGUCUGUAUUUGUACAAGAAAUGAAUAUUGAACUCAGUGAAAAUUGCUACUCAAAGCUUAAACAUUUUGUGUGCUCUUUUUUGUAUAAUUUGAUGAAUGAUGAGGUAAAAUAAUUCUACUUAUUUUGUAUGAAACUCAGGGAGUUGUAACAAAUGGUGUGGAUCCCCAUGCUCAGAAUUAUUGCUUACCAGUUAAAAACUCUUCUUCUACACCCGAAACACGAAGACGUGUGGUCAUGCUUUCUCGUGAUGAAGUAAUGGCAUUGGCGGCUGCUACUGUUACUGAUAAAACAAAUCACGUUGUAUCUAUAUCAAACGAUGGGGAAAGUGUUAGUAAGCGUAUUAAACAAUUACGUCAAACUCCACUAAUUGGAACUAGGUCAACUGUUCGAACAUUUGUGAAUAAACCUAUAAUGAUUAAUGAAGUUAAAAGUCCAACCUCAUCUAAUUUAGAGGUUACUCCUCUUAGAAAUAUUCAACUCAUACAAACACCUAGAGUGAUUGAAUCAUCUAAUCAAAAAACGGAAUCUUUUAAAAGUAACUCUACUAACAACAAUAAUAAUUCAACUACAAUGUCUAUCAAUAAACCAAAUUUACCCGCAUUUAUUUCUCAGUCUUCAAUGAAUGAUUGUAAACGUCAUAUAUCUGUUCCGUCGUCUUCAUUUAAUUCUGCCACUAAUACUACUACUAUUAAUAAUAGCAUCAAUAAUAUUUCAGCUACGAAAACAGGUAUAACAAUAAAGCGACAAUUAAGUGAAGCAGUGAUAUCAAUUCGACCUGCAACUAGUCGUUUGUUAGACAACAAUUAAAAUUAAUGGUUUCGAUACAUAUAACGAUCUCGACGUGUAUGGAUAUAGAGAAGAUCGUAUUCUCAUACUUCUGUUUUGGAAGCAUUCAUUUCGAUUCAAAGAAGAUAAGACGCUUAUUUUUUCGUUCUGCAUUUCUUUUCAUACACAUCUUCAUGUUAUUAUUAGUGUACGCAUACAAAAAAGAUGAUUUCCAGCUUUCUGAUUCUGUUAAACAACAAUCAAAAUGGGUGUCAUAGAUUUAUUUCUCUAAAUUUGUAAAUAAUCAGUAUUUGCCUGUUCACUGUUAUUAUUUAUACCACAGGUUAUUUUUAAAUACUGCAUAAACAGAGUUAAACAAUAGCUCUAUAAUCUUUCAUUUGUUCAUGAAAUUCAUGUAAAUGGUACUGUAUUCAAUAGAGAUUUAUUAUUCACUAUGUAUAAAUAUAAAUACAAAUAUAUAUUUCCGUA